UUGUUGAGUGGUAGAUUUCUCUCCCUUUCAGGUGCAAGCUCUGGCAUCGGACGUGCGGCUGCAUUACUCUUCGCUAAAAACAAGUACCAGUUGUCCCUCACCGGUCGAAAUGAAACCGCUUUAAAAGAAGUUGCAAAGGAGUGCGUAGGGCAAGGAAUUUCUGAAAACGAUGUGAUUAUUAGUGCUACAGAUUUGGCGGCAGACAAUGCCCCCAAAACUAUUGUCGACAACACAAUUAAGAAAUUUGAAAAAAUCGAUUCAUUGGUGAAUUCAGCUGGUAUCCUCAGGGCUGGCGAAGUGCUUAACUCCGAUAUUAACGUCUAUGAUGAACUGUUCAACGUCAACGUCAGAUGCUUGGUCCGUCUAACACGAGAAGCACUUCCUCAUAUCAUCAAGUCGAAAGGGACUGUUGUUAAUGUGAGCAGCAUAAAUGGGCCAUGUCCAUUCCCUGGCGUCACGUACUAUUGCAUGUCCAAAUCAGCAGUUGAUCAAUUCACGAAAUGUCUCGCACUUGAAAUGGCGCCGCAUGGAGUUAGAGUGAACGCUGUGAAUCCUGGAGUUACCGUUACAAACCUACAUAGGCGAUCUGGUCAAGAUGAGAAAGCAUACGCCGCGUUUCUGGAAAGGAGCAAAACAACACAUGCACUCGGCAGGCCCGGAGAUCCCAAGGAAGUCGCUGAAGCUAUUUUGUUUCUAGCAUCAGAGCGAAGAGCUUCUUCCGGGAUAGGAGCUGCAAUCGCUUUGCUCCUAGCUCGCAAAGGUUAUGCGUUAUCGCUCAGUGGCCGAGAUGAAGACGCAUUAAAGAAGACAGUCAAGUCAUGCUUCGACGCCGGCGCACCAGGUUUGUGUUUUGACUGCUCUGAUUCUGUAUGCAUUAAAAGCAAAUCAAACAAAAGUGAUCUUAACUUACAGAUUAACUGUGCUGGAAUAUUAACAUCUGGAAACAUCAUAGAUACUGGUGUAGAUGUAUAUGAUCGUCAAAUGGAAGUGAACGUGAGGAGUGUGGUCAUGUUAACUCGUAUGGCUCUUCCGUACAUAAUCAAAACGAAGGGAACAAUUGUGAAUGUUUCAAGCAUUGCAGGUCCAUGUCCGUUCCCUGGAGUCGCUUAUUACUGCAUGUCCAAAGCAGCUAUUGAUCAAUUCACAAAGUGCCUAGCUCUUGAGAUGGCGCCCCACGGAGUGCGUGUCAAUGCAGUCAAUCCCGGUGUUAUCGUCACUGAAGUGCACAAGCGGUCGGGCAUGGAUGAUAGUGCUUAUGAAGGGGUAGUGAAGUUCUUUCAGUUUCUCGAAAGAAGUAGAGCUACUCAUGCUCUUGGACGUGUAGGUGAGCCGUCCGAAGUAGCUGAGGCAGUGUUAUUCCUCGCUUCCAACAAAAGUUCAUUCACUACUGGCCAGUUGUUGAAAGUGGAUGGCGGUAGAGGAAUCAUGCAUCCUCGUUAA